GCAUGUGACCGCCAUAUGAUUCUCGCUUCCUGAAUACCACCGCUGAUGCUCAAGAAAUAUUGAACACUUCACUUCACAUUUGUUGUUAAUCUCGUCUCGUACUUCAGACCGAAAAUGCACUUUAUACUUGUGUUAUGUAUCUUCGUGCUCGGGGCAAACGCGGGGAAGUACUCAAAAGAAGUCAACGAUCCAAAACCAACAGAAAAAGAGGUGGAAUUCAGGAUUGCCAAACUUAAUCAGGUUUGGGAAAAGGCAAUAAGGAUGCAGCUUUCACCUGUGAGGCUUUCUGAACUACACAGCGACUUAAAGAUCCAAGAGAAAGAUGAACUUCAGUGGAAGAAAGUCAAAGCAGAAGGCUUGGAUGAAGAUGGAGAGAGAGAAGCCAAGCUUAGACGCAAUUUUAAUAUUAUUCUCGCGAAGUAUGGCAUGGAUGGCAAAAAAGACACCCGUACAUUGGACAGCAACAGACUGAAAGAUCAUGAUUUUAAAGAGGGGGAUACAUUCGAUGACCCGAGACUAGACAAGCUGUGGAACAAGGCCAAAACUUCUGGAAAGUUCUCGGAAGAGGAACUCCAAAGCCUUCAGAGAGAAUUCCAGCACCACAAAGACAAGAUCAAUGAGUACAACAUUGUCAUGGAUACUGUGAGUCGGACCGAAGAGAUCCAUAAGAACGUAAUAAGUCCUCUGGAGGGUGAAGGAAAGGAACAUGUUCUCCAUCAAAAACAUGCAGAUCUGAAGCAGAGAAUGAAAUACCUCAACCAGGGCUUCGAACGACUCCGCAAAAUUACCCAUGAGGGAUACAGUGAUGAUACUGAAUUCAAAGAGCCACGAGUCACAGAGCUUUGGGAGAUGGCAAAAAGAUCAAAUCUUAGCGAGGACGAACUCGACUCUUUUAAAGAGGAACUCAGACACUUUGAAACAAAAGUGGAGAAGCACCAGCACUAUCAGGAGCAACUGGAACUGUCACAUCAGAAACUGAAGCAUGUAGAGGCCCUGGGAGACGAGGACCACAUUAUGAGAAACAAAGAGAAAUACAACACUCUUGCUGAGAAAGCACGAGAAAUGGGAUACAAGAUGAAGAAACACUUGCAGGACUUGACGAAUAAGAUUUCCCGCAACGGAUUGCAACACAAUGAACUGUGAAUACCAUUUUCAUCACCAUGACGACUACAGCUAACUACUGUAUAGUCUUUCACAGGUCACAUACUGUAUGCUGUUUCUCUGUCUGUAUACUAAUGUUGGAUUGGAUUGGACUAUGGCAUGGCCUUCCUUAUUGUAUAUUAGCUCAACAAUUUCAACCUAAAAGUUAAACUUUUCAGUAAUUUUGUACUGAUUGUCUUUUUUUUACACAAAUGUAAUCGGUUCUGCUUUUGUGAGGUAUUUCCCGUUUUCUGUCUGUAAAUAGUCACAAUCAGAUUUAUCAAACAAGCAGAUUUACAUGUAGAAUGAAUGCUACUUUGUUAAAAUAACAUUGCUACUGUAAUGUCAAGCAGGAGAUGUGCUUUAAUAGAAAGAAAAAUCUUGAAAAGUAUGGAGAAACUGAGACCUUGAGUCAGCGAUUAUACUGACUGAAUCAAAAUAGCAUUAAGUACAUGCUGCGACAGUGUUAUGAUUGACAGUGUUGUCCUGAAAUGACCAUGAUGUAAAUCACCAUCUUUGUUAUUAAUAUGCUGUUAAAGGAAUAGUCUACAUUAUUUUGCCAUAUUAAACUGUUAUUACCUCAACCUAGACGAAUUAAUACAUACCUAUCUUUUUUCAAUGCGUGCACUGUACAGCGCGUUGUGAAUGUGUUAGCAUUUAGCCUAGCCCCAUUCAUUCCUAUUGUACCAAAAAAAGUUUUAUUUUGUGGCACCAUACUUACUGGUAUAACUCCUCAUGUAACAGUCUUUAAAUAGGGAAAACACGGAAGUGUUUGGUAGCUUCUCUGUUUGGUACCAUAGGAAUGAAUGGGGCUAGGCUAAAUGCUACCACAUUCACAACGCGCUGUACAGUGCACGCAUUGAAAAAAGAUAGAUAUGUAUUAAAACGUCUAAGUUGAGGUAAGAACAUAGUUUAAUAUGGCAAAAGGGUAGACUAUUCCUUUAAGUCAUUGUCACAAAAAAUAUACAAACUGCACACUAAUCCAUGGUAUUACUGCUAUUACUAACCUAAGGUUAGUAAUUUAAAGGAUUUAAAGUUUUUUGGGUCACACUUUAUUUUACGGUAUCACUGUUACAGUGUAAUUAUACAUUUAAGUACUAAGUAAUAAUCAUUAAUAUCAUGUACUUACUAUAGGGUUGGGGUUAGGAUUAGGGUUUGGUUUAGGGUUAGUUGCAUGUAAUUAUGCAUAAUUAACUGUUAUUACUAUAAUAAUUACAUGUAACAUGUGUAACAAAGACACCGUAAAAUAAAGUGUUAACGUUUUUUGUGUAACACUACAAUUACAAUAAGGUUGUAUUUGUUGCCAUAAGUAAAUGCAUUAAGUAACAAUAAACAAUACUUCUACAACA